UGUAGCUUUACUCCAGCUGGUGCCUCUACGUCAGGCUGCAGGGAGUUAGUGUUUGUUUGCAUGUGGGUGGAGGAGGUGGCUUGCAGAGAAGGGGUUCAUUUAAUUGUAGCUGUCACUGAAUCCCCGGAUGCUGAUGUAAGGACAGAGAGAGAGAGAGAGAGAGAAGGCUGCAGAUUGCAGAGGAGGCAGCAGGGAGAGAGAGAGAGAGGGAUUAGAGAAGAACAGCCUGCGAGGAGGGGUCAGCAGCAGCAUACAUCAGCAGAAACAGCAGCAAGAGAAUCAAGCAGUGAUCUGCAUCCAGCACAAGCAAGGGCUGCAUCCCUCCUGAUGAUGCUGGUACCAGGAGUGUAACAUUCCCCAUUCUUACCCUCCCCCUUCCUCUCUCCCCCCCAUUUCCCCCUCCCCCUUGGAUGCAUCAGCAAAGAGCAGCACAGAUCCAAUACCCCAUUGCACCCCCCCAUUGAAAAAAAAUAAAAAUAAAAAAUUCAAGGAAGAAGGAAAAGGAAAAAAAAAUCCCUUAAAUGCAAAGGGGGACUUCCAGGACCAGGGACUAGGAGAACCAAGGAAAGGGGGGACAAUCACAGCAUUGUGUAUUUCUCUCUCUCUCCUCCUUUCCUAUUGUUCCAGUCUGGGAGAUAAAGGACAGGCCUUUUUAAGAAGAGAAAUAAAUAGAAACCAAAACAAAAGGCGGGCACCAUGUCCAGUGGCAAGGAGGCCGGUGGAAUUCACCCUUACCAGCAGCAGCAGCAGCAACAACAUGCCCAGUACGUUGGACCCUACAGACUGGAGAAAACCCUCGGCAAAGGACAGACAGGCUUGGUUAAAUUAGGUGUCCACUGUAUAACGGGACAGAAAGUGGCAAUAAAGAUUGUAAACAGAGAAAAGCUCUCCGAGUCUGUACUAAUGAAGGUAGAAAGAGAGAUUGCGAUCCUCAAGCUGAUUGAACACCCCCACGUUCUCAAGCUUCACGAUGUCUAUGAGAAUAAGAAAUAUUUAUACCUGGUGCUUGAACAUGUGUCUGGAGGAGAACUUUUUGACUAUUUGGUUAAAAAGGGCCGGCUCACUCCAAAAGAGGCACGCAAAUUCUUCCGACAAAUCAUAUCCGCCCUUGACUUCUGUCACAGCUACUCCAUAUGCCACAGAGACCUGAAGCCUGAAAAUUUAUUGCUAGAUGAAAAAAACAACAUCAGGAUAGCAGACUUUGGGAUGGCGUCACUGCAGGUUGGCGACAGUUUACUAGAAACCAGCUGUGGGUCUCCUCACUAUGCAUGUCCCGAGGUGAUCAAGGGAGAAAAGUACGACGGGCGCCGAGCCGAUGUGUGGAGUUGCGGAGUCAUCCUAUUUGCGCUUCUUGUGGGAGCAUUGCCCUUUGACGAUGAUAACCUACGUCAGCUUCUGGAGAAGGUGAAACGUGGGGUAUUCCACAUGCCUCAUUUUAUCCCACCGGAAUGUCAAAACCUGCUAAGAGGGAUGAUUGAGGUGGAACCAGAGAAGCGUCUCAACCUAGAUCAGAUCCAGAAGCAUUCCUGGUAUCUAGGAGGCAAAAAUGAGCCUGAACCAGAGCAACCGACUCCUCGGAAAGUGGCUAUCAGGAGGAUUCACUCAGUAAGCGAGUUUGACCCCGAUGUGUUGGACAGCAUGCAUUCCUUGGGCUGCUUCAGGGACAAGACCAAACUGAAGCUGGAGCUGCAGAAUGAGGAUGAAAAUCAAGAAAAGAUGAUUUAUUAUCUUCUCCUUGAUCGGAAAGAAAGAUAUCCCAGCUGUGAAGACGAAGAUCUUCCACCUCGAAACGACAUAGACCCUCCACGCAAACGAGUUGACUCCCCAAUGCUAAAUCGCCACGGCAAACGUCGCCCGGAGCGAAAGUCUAUGGAAGUCUUGAGUGUGACAGAUGGGGGUUCGCCUGUUCCUGCGAGAAGGGCAAUUGAAAUGGCACAGCAUAGUCAAAGGUCUCGUUCUGUCAGUGGUGCAUCGACGGGUCUCUCUUCCAGCCCCCUUAGCAGUCCAAGGAGUCCCGUUUUCACUUUCUCCCCCACACCGCUGGAAACCGCAGAAGGGGAGGACCCCCGUGCAAUCUGGCAAUCCAAAGCUGCUCACCGCCAGCCCGACCCGAAGACCCAGACGCUGCCAGCUAAGACCAGCCUGGGAGAGAAGCCCCUCCAUACAAUUAAAUCCAACCCUUUACCCAUAACCAUGACCGCCUCCUCCCCACCGCAUGACUCCUCAUCUUCGCCUCAUCGCUCCCCUUUAUCCCCACCUUUCUUCCCCUCCUCACUGCCCGCUCGUUUUUUCCCUGGUACUAAAUCCACCACCAAAUCUAUCCCUUUGCCGCAGGUGACCCCUCACCCUUCUCCCCGAGGUAGUCCCCUCCCUACGCCGCUGGGCACCCCAGUGCAUACGCCGAAGGACAGCCCGACUGGGACGCCCAGUGGCACCCCUCCCUCAAGUCCUGGUGUUGGUGGGGUGGCUUGGAAGACACGACUUAACUCCAUAAAGAAUAGUUUCCUUGGAUCUCCUCGAUUCCACCGUCGGAAAUUGCAAGUUCCGACUCCUGAGGAAAUGUCAAGUCUUACACCAGAAUCCUCACCUGAACUUGCUAAAAAGUCCUGGUUUGGAAACUUCAUCAACCUGGAUAAAGAAGAGCAGAUCUUUGUGGUCAUUAAAGACAAGCCUCUUAGCUCCAUCAAAGCAGACAUUGUCCACGCUUUCCUAUCGAUUCCAAGUUUAAGUCACAGCGUGAUUUCCCAGACCAGCUUCCGAGCAGAGUACAAGUCGUCAGGGGGUCCCUCUGUGUUUCAAAAACCGGUCAAGUUUCAAGUGGACAUCAGUUAUUCAGAAGGGGCUGAAGCACAAAAAGAGAAUGGAAUCUACUCUGUGACCUUCACUCUUAUAUCAGGUCCCAGUCGCAGAUUUAAGAGAGUGGUAGAAACAAUUCAGGCACAACUGCUGAGCACACAUGACCAGCCUUCAGUUCAGGCCCUCGCAGGAUCAAAUGUUACAGCGAGAACCCAGAUGGAGUGUUCCCUGGAUCACCUUCUCUUCUUGCCACCAGAUGAGAAGAACGGACAGCAGAGCAGGCCACCAGGUACCCCCACCCGAAGCUGCCAGAAUUCCCGGCGCUCUGAGCCUGACAUGGCUGAGCACCACCGGAGAGGUUCCUCCAAAGACAAGAAACUUUUGGCUUCUAAUGGAACGCAAACACAGCCAUGACCUAGGAUUUUACUAGGCGCCAGAGAGAAUGUGUCUGGCACAACCACAAACAACCAACUCUAAAAUGAACAAAAAUCAACGCAAGAGAAAACAGCGCCCGAUGUCAGAGAGAAAACUCACAUGGAUACGCCUACAGUACACUACUAGGUACAAACAUGUACAUUCUGCCCUAGGUGUACACUUUACACACUCCCAAGCAUACAAAGGAUGUCGACUGGAACGCAUUGUAGAACUUAUGGCUACACAGACAAGUACAUGGAUACGACACGGAAUAAAACAAAAAAAGAGCACAUACACCGAAGAGAAACAAGCGAUUGGCCGGGAGGAACAAACGUUGGCGUUACUGUGAAGCUGUAAAUAUUUCCAAAAAAUGUAAAAAAAAAAAAAAAUGACAAAAAAAGAACCACACAGCAAGUGGGGAAAGGAAAUAAAACAGUAUGGAUACAAAAUGUAUGCGGAAACUGACAUUCUCCAUGAAUAACUUAUUUUUAUUUUUUAUGUUAAUAUUUAUUUAUUUAUGUGGAAAAUGGGGGCGGGGCUAUUUCAUUUCAGUUUAUUUUUGUCUAUUUGUGUUCUUUGUUUUUCAAAGGCAGCUGACGCCAAAAGACCGUGACCUUUUCUAGCACAUCCCCACAACUCUCAUUUUAUAACCUGGAACUCAUUAGGCAUCUUCUACCCUGCCUCCCCCCCCCCCCCAGAAGUUCCCUGAACGUAUUGCCCUGGUGUGAACGCAGCAUAUCCUUGCACAUGUAUGUAAUGGCAAUAUCUCAUAACUAGAAAGUACCAUCAGGUUAUAUAUGACCUUUAUAUAUCUAGUGAUCAUGGUCACUCCUAUUAAACGUAGUUUAGGAGAGCCUCAUCCUAUCAAAUAAGAGCUCUUUGAAACCCUCCAUCAAAGGGCUUCAGCUAUCAUCAUCUCUGCAUGUGCAAACCACACUUGCCAUUGUAGAAAACUAGACACAACCAAUCUUGGUUCCAUUCUUCAAUAGCCACUGCUGGAAGGGCCGGAGGUCUGACUUCAGAAAUUGAACAUUUCCUCUGUUUUUGUCUGACUGCUGAAUGGUUUCUUAAACAUUUAGUCUUCAUUUUCCCUCCCUUCCUUUUGCCUGUUCAGAAUAUAUCUUUGCUUACCUAUUCAUGUAUGCAAAUAUUUAUGUUGUCCUUGUGUGAUAUAUUUCAGGGGCGCACACAGAGUAAUAAUUUGAAUGAGACGAUGUGAUAAGUAACCACUGCAGAUGUUAAGAGUCCGUACCCCUUUGGGAAUGCAGGGGUCGUCAGGGGGCUGCAGCUUAGCGGAAACCCAUUUGGGCAACCAGCGGGCGGUUCUCAAUAACCCAAUACUGUACCUUCCAUGGUAGACGUUCAUGUCUGCUUUGUUUUUCCCUAUCAGCUGCUAUAAUGUUAUUACUAUGGCAAUAAGGCACAUCUGGUGUGGGAUUUAUUGAUGACAUUUUAAUCCCUAAAGUGCUAUAAUAUAUAAUAAUGCCACAGUGAUCUUACGGUGAUAACACUGGUAUUUUUUUUUUUUUCUUUUUUUUUUUUUUUUGUUCAAUAUGCAGCCACAUGUUUAAUGUAUAAAAAAAAGCUCAUUCUGGUUGCACCUGUGAUACAAAUAUAUAAAUAUAUAUUUAUUUAAAUAAUAAUGUAACUUUUCUUUUGGAAACCCAUAGGAAUGGCUGAUUAAUAUGUGGUGGGAACAAUGAGCAUAUGUAUAUCG